AUGGCCAAGAAGCUUCGUAAGAUCGCGACAACAGGCGCUUUGCAACCUGUUGAACUUGUGAGCCCGACUGCGACAUCGCAAUCAGAUGAGACCGUAGUUGGUAGUCCGAUAUCUCAACUCCAAUUUACGUCAGGGCCAUGGGAAAAGGCCACGGAUCCUUCCAAAGAUCUAGAGAAGCCGUUGCCAGGAUGGCCGCUCGUGUCUAAGCUGAUUGCAGAUUAUCCGGAUCUUGAAGCGUUCAAGGCUUUCCGCGCUCUCAACAUCAAGAGCCUGCUUUAUUAUCAAGCAGAGUUGGAGAAUUUACGGAUGAAACUGCAUCAGGCAGAAUAUAAUGAACACCGUCAGGGUGAGGCAGAGGGCAUAAAAAGCGCUUCAAUGAUGUCGGAGAACCUCGGAUACUAUCUUUUCCAUGCUCGAAUGGACGACGACAAGUGCAAGUCUCAGCAAGUAAAGAUUAUGGAGCAGAUUAGAGUCGUCCUCAAGGAAUAUAACGCUGCUUUGCUGCAAUACUCCCAGAUUACGGCAUUACCACGAGCAGACCCGUAUAACGUGGAAACUUUAAGAGUCUGGAUAAAGAGAGAUGGUAAUCAUUGUAUUAGCGGCCCGGCUGCAAAAGCGUGGGGAGAUUAUACAGAAAGUGUACGCAAAGAGAAACCCUUAAAAUGGCAAUUCAUCAGUCUCUUGCGCAGCAUGUUUUGGCCUGCGGCUCCUCAACCUGAUAUUCUCGACCUCGUUGUACCUCGACAGGGUCAUAAGGUGGAUAGCCUCACGAGAUGGGUUGCGAAUGAAUUUGUCCCGUUUUGGCACAGCCUGAAGCAAACUCUACGACGCAAGAAGGUAAAGACAUCCUCAGCAGAAAACGGGCUACCAACUACCGAAACAAAAGCCCAUUCGUCAUUGGGGAGUGGAAAAAGUCAAAGGAGCCUUUUCUCCUGGCUCAGUCGUAGAAAUAACUCGACUGGCACAAUUCAAGCAGAUUCGAAGUCGAAAAAUAGAGCAGGACUUACUGUUUACUCCGAGGCUCGCAUGUUACGUUUUACCUCAUCUGUAGCGACAGUUAUUGCGUGCCUCUUACCCACGGUUGCAAUCGCAGUUCUCUCGAGUCUACAGUCUACUGCGGAAUUACUUGGCGUAAUCGCGGCAUUCACAGCUAUUUUUGCCAUGGGGCUUAUGUUCUUGACAGAUUCUGGUACAUCAAGAGUUGAGAUUUUCACCGCUACUGCUGCCUUUUCUGCAGUUAUGGUAGUAUUUGUGCAGAAUCAAAAUGUAUAUGUUGGCUCGUAUGGAAACAGCCCCGGAACACGAAUCAUGAACAGCACAAACACAAGGAAAGGAUGA